CUUUGGCUGCUGUUAAUGCUCCAGCUUUGUUGCUGGCAGGGUGUCAGUAGCUGUGAGGCUGGUAUAGGCUGGGCACUGUGAGUGAGUGUGUGUUUGGUGCUGAUGUGCCCGCGUGGUUCUGAGUGGGGUGGGUGACAGUCUGCCUAGAAACUGUUGGUGUUUUAAGUUCCUGCCUAGAAACUGUUGCUUGAAAUUCCAGCAGAGUUGGAACUGGACCAAGCAUGCAUUGCUCUGUGGCUGUGCCUGUGGUAAAGGCAACUCUGAUGUUACCAGAGGCAAAAUUAAUUGCCAUGUCUUUGAAGGCUUGUCUAAAGAAAUGACAAAAGCGGGGAGAUUGUAGAAGAGUUGACUGGGAGAAAGAAUUCCUUCCUGGCCUGUUAUAAUGGAGCAUAAUGGCUGCUGGAGAUUGCACAGCAAUUGCUGAGAUACUAAGGAAUCAGGCACGUGGAACCAUGUCUGGAAAACCCAAGCUGCACUACUUCAAUGGACGAGGUCGAAUGGAACCAAUUCGGUGGCUGCUGGCAGCAGCUGGGGUUGAGUUUGAAGAAUCCUACCUGGAAAAAAAGGAGGAUCUGACAAAGUUACGGAAAGACGGAUCCCUGCUCUUCCAGCAAGUGCCAAUGGUAGAGAUCGAUGGGAUGAAGCUGGUGCAGACCAGAGCCAUCUUGAACUACAUAGCAACGAAGUACAACCUCUAUGGGAAGGACCUGAAGGAGAGAGCCCUAAUCGAUAUGUACGUGGAAGGAUUGUUUGAUCUGAAUGAGCUACUCAUGAUGCAUGUAUACCUACCAGCAGACCAACAAGAUCAAAAUUUUGCUAAUAUGAUGGACAAGGCUGAAAACAGAUACUUCCCUGUCUUUGAGAAGGUUUUGAAAGACCAUGGAAAAGACUUUCUUGUUGGCAACCAGCUGAGCAAGGCAGAUGUUCAGUUACUUGAAGUCAUUUUAAUGGUAGAGGAGGACAAACCUGAUAUUCUUGCUAAAUUUCCUCUCUUGCAGAGCUUCAAAGCAAGAAUAAGCAAUAUCCCCACCAUAAAGAAAUUCCUGCAGCCUGGCAGCCAGAGAAAACCUCCAACACGACCGGAAGAAGUACCCGACGUGAUGAAAAUUUUUGACCCCUGAGCUGCACCCUAAAGCCACACAUGCUAUAUUUCAUUGUGUUUGCUGAUAGUGGCAAAGUCAAAUUAAUGGAAAGAGUAAAAAAACGAUUUUUUGAUCUCUCUUUCCUUAGCUACAGGACUGGUUUUAGCCUCCUGCAGACUCUUCCAGGUAAUACUACAUGAGCCUACUUGCAAAGGAAAUAGCUCAGUGAUUAGGAUGUAUAUUAUAAAACACAGGAUGCCUUAAAUAACUAAAUAGAAUACCUGAAAUAAAGUUUUAGUAUUGAUAUUAAAA